CUUGGCACUGGCGCGUGAAUUGAUCCUAACGUCCAAGCUCCGGUGCAUAGGAUUGUCAUACACAGUUCUCCACGAUCGAGACGUCCACACUGCAAUCGCACGAUGCGCUGCUAUCUACCGACAUAACAAGCAAGCGUACACCAGGACCUCUGCCCGCCAACCCAGGAGACUAGCCGCCAGCAUGUCCGCCUCCGCAAACGAGCUCUUCACCACGCUGUUACGGCCUGCGGUACUCCACAUCCUGCGCGCCGCAGGCUUCCACAGUGCGAAGCCCUCAGUUAUCGACACGGUCGUCGACCUGACAGCGCGCUACCUUUUCCUUCUCGCCUCCCGGUCCGCGUACAAUGCGUAUUCGAACCAUAACGACCACACGCCAGAUGUCACGGAUGUUCGCAUGGCGAUGCAGGACUGUGGCGUCCUCGUGCCGACCUUGACGGGGGCAGAAGAGCUAUGGAGAGAGAUCCUUCGCAAACCCUUGGAGGACUACGACGACGAGACCGGCGCGCGUGCGAAGGAAAUCAAGCGGAGAGACGCUGAGGACACGGCCGACAUUGCGGACUUUAUCGACUGGGUAAAGGGUGAUUACAAUAAGGAGAUCAGCCGAAUUGCAGGCACUCUGAAGGCUCCUCCGACGGCUACAGAAACACUGGAUGCCGAGGAGUUGGAGGACUACUUGAACACUCUGAUGAAGAAACACAGUAAGACUGGAGUCGAAUCCCGUUUCCAGGGCACCGUGCUAGGGCAUUCAGCAGACCCCAAGCCCAUCAAAGUAGAAGGCGGACCAGCCGACUCCAUCCAAGAGUGGUGUCUGAAGACGCGAGAAAGAUCAGCCAAGACAGCCAAAGAGCUGCAAGAAAAGCAGGACCAAGCGAACGCCAGGAAGGACUCCGAAGACGUGAGGAUGGAAGAUUAGUGAACACAUGGAACUGGCCGUGUUCCUCUUUUUGUGGUUUUUGAAGUUUGAGCAUAGCGUUGGCGUUUUUACCUGGUGAUCAUCCUCUUUAUAUCCCCACUUUGUGGAAAAGGACCAGGAAGUAUAUAAUCAUCCACACCUCUUGAGGCACGAACACUCAACAAUGGAAUCUCGCAUUCGGAAUAGCGUUCAUGAUAUUGGUUUCAAUGGUGUAUAAUUUACAUAUAUUGGUAUAGGAAAGUCCCUACCGCAUCCCAUCACUGAUAGCUUCGAUGUCUAGACGACGGG